AUGGCCCUGGCUUCAGCCGCCGCAGCAGGCUCCGCCUUCUCCAUGAUGGCGGCUCCUCAAGGUUCGCAGUCGCGCAUCGUGACCCGGGCGUCGGGACCGAGCCCGGCUUCCGCGCCGAGCAGCGGUGGAGUUGCCGGUGUGACGGGCCUAGUGGGCGCAGGCUUGGUGGCCAGCGCUGCCCUCAGCCGCUCAGUCAAGCCCCGUGGUGGCAAGAACCUGGUGUCCAUGGCCGCUCGUGGUGGCGAGAGCUAUGAUGCUCUGGUGAAGGACCUAGAGACCCUCGUCAAGGAGAAGGAGUGCGGACCGAUCCUGGUGCGCCUGUCCUGGCACGAUGCCGGUGUGUUCUCGGACGGCAAACUGAAGGGUGGCUGCCCGAACGCCGCCAUGAGAUUCACCGACGCUGGAGAGGGCACCUUCGGCGCCAAUGCAGGGCUCCCAGAUGUUGCCCUUGGCCUGCUGAAGCCUAUCACCGAGAAGUACGUUCCAGACACCAUCGGGCAUGCAGAUCUUUGGACCCUGGCUGCCAAUGUGGCAAUUAAGGUGAUGGGAGGCCCUGAUAUCAAGACUCGAUUCGGCCGCAAG